UAUUGGCAUGUGUUACUGCUAUGGCACUGGUUAUAAAAUAGUUCCAUUUUAUAGUUAUUAUUCUUAUAUUACAAUUAAAUAAUUGAGAAAGUUAAUAGAUAUACAAUAUUAAUCUUGAAGUGUCGACAUGUCGCAAUAUCCGCUAAAUGAAUUGAAGCGACGGCUACAAGAUGACACACCAUUGCCGAAAAGAUUGAAAUUGGCAAGAAAUGUUGUACAAACCCAGUAUUUUCCAACAGCUCCAAAAGAAAGAGUUAUAGCCGAUUGGCUUGACGAUUUAAUCAAAACUAAUAAACUCAAAAGCAAGGACUUAUGUGAAGUUUUGAACUGGCUGAAUAAUGUGGAUGAUUUCACAAGUGAAUUUAAAAGUAAACUUAUAAAGGUGGUGUCACAAUACCUUCACAGGAACGUAUUAGAAAAUAAUGACAUAGAAAAUAUCAUAGCGUUCAUGGAUAACAGCAAAAUGUCACCGCAACUAAUUCUACAGAUUGAAGAUUUCCUGUUCAUUGUUACAACUUUACUACAAAACCUACAUAACGAAGAAAAUUAUACUCUCGUUGAUAAAAUACUAAAUAAUAUUGUGAGAUAUUAUAAGGAUUCCAAAAAGAAGUUGCAAUUCAUCAUCAAGUUCCUGGAAGGUGAACAUUUAGAGACCAUUUUUUGUUUCCUUCACACCAAAUCUCACUCUGCGGCAAUAAGUUUAUGCCAGAAUGUAUUGUUUCCAUUGAGUAAAAAGCAGAUUUUCUCAAGUUUCCUAACAAAUUUGAUCAGAAAGGAGACCAUUGACGACUUAAUAGCCGAAAAAGGUGAUAAUAUACAGAUUGUAUUGAAAAUUAUGAGUUCAUUUUUCACAUUCCCAAAAGGAAGGACGGAGAAAGAUCCAAAAUUCUUAUCUGACUUCAUUUAUGUUUUUACAAGUUGCUUUAGAAGCGAGAGUCAAAUAUGCUUCACAUUCUACAUCAUGGCUACGAACGCGUUCAACAUGGCUCAGAAUUAUAUGGUGCCAGCGAUGCGUAUGCCGCCGAUCACUUUUGAUAACGACGAGAAAGUAAAAAGGGGUUUAUUCCUGAAAAUGCUUGAAGCUCUCCAUUCGCAGGAGAUCAGUUUAUCUGUGCGUUUCACUGAUACACUCGGUGAGAGAAUGACUCACAUCGACAUAAAGAAGACAUUCGCGGCGUUCGUACAAGCGGUUAUGUUAGGACAAAUAAAAUUGGAAGGUAAACUCGAUAAAGUCACCUUGCAGAUAUUAGAGGUGGCUUUAAAACUCGAUCCAUCCAUAGUAGAACAGAAAAUCGAAUUAAUACUGCCAUACAUAAUGACAUCCAAGAAAAAGAAAUCUGACAUCUCGGAACAAUACACGUCUAUGAUGAAUUAUUUCAUAGAAACUUUAUUCAAACUCAGCCGGGGCGCGGAAUUCGUUAACAAAAUCAUACCACACAUAAAACUUAGCUUAGAAGCCACUAAUGUUGAGCAAUUUGAGUUGAAACAGAAAUUAAAAGAAGCUUUGAAUAACGGUGACAGUAGUGACAAAAUUGAGGCGGCCAUUUUGACGGGAAAUGACAUUUUGCCGCCGGAUUGUAUAGAACUGUAUGGCAAGCUGAGUUCUGAAUUAAUGUUUCGACAAAAUAAAGUUUUGUUGGUGUCAUUACAAAAAGACUUCGAGGAGAACUGCCUUAUGAUGCUUGAAGAGGGUUUCGUUAGCCCCUCUAUAAUAACACUAUCAGAAGUACUGUCCGCCAUCUUGUCAAGCUUCUUUAGGCACAACAAAAUGGCCGACCAUACCGUUCCGCUUCCUGUCGCUGAGGAGUUCUGGUCGACUUUCCAAGAAUUUGAAAAACAAUGCUUGAAUAAGUUUGGUGAAUGUGUGUUGAAGUUGAACUAUAAUCCACCAUUAGUUAUGGCCUUUCUACAAUUAUGCCUAAACUUCUCCCAAUUAAAACUACUAAAUUUAAAAUACGGCAACACUAAGUUGAAUUUAACUGGUAACUUUUUAAUACCAUUCUUGAAGACACAGAAGUGGUUAGACUUUAUACCUAGGAUUCAAGAAGCGGAGAAUAUUUUAGUAUGGGAUCACUUGCAACUUAUACAAACAAUGGCUAUGGAGAUAUUGAAUACAAACUCAGAGCAAAUCUCAGAAACAAAAACAAAUAUAUUGAAAAAUAUAUCAAGCUACCCUCAAGUUGUGACAAACGACAAUUACUUCACUAACACAUUAUACAGAAAUCUGAAUAAGAGACAAACUAAGUUACUAACGAAGGCUAUAUUAAAAAAUUACUCCACAAAUAAUAAUAUAGAGAUAUUCAAAACGCAUGCAAGUAACAAUAGAGAAUUAUUGCAGAGUAUUCUUUUGAAGGUUUCAAAAAACAUAACAGAUUGUAUAGGAAAUGUUGAAGUUUUGUCCGAAGCGCUGAACAAAACUAACUUUGAAGUUAACUCGUUUGUUAAAUGGGUAAAUGUUAGAGAUCUGUUUAAAAACGGCAACAUUAUAAAUGAAGAUGAAAUUUCAAAUAAUAUAGACAUAUUGAGGCUGUUACAGAUAUAUAAUCUGAAAGAAAAUUACCAACUGACAGCCAUCUUGGUUUUGUUGCUAGCCAAACAUUAUUGCCAGCAUAAAAAACUUAAAAGAAACAUAGAUAGUAUAUUACACAGUAUAUACGAGUUGAGUCCGAAGUACCCAGAUGUUUAUAAAAUAUUCCAGCCGGAUGCUAUUUUCGAUUUCAAUAACAACAUAAUUCUUGAACUAUUGAGAUUGAAUAUCAAAACUACGAAGGACACGCUGAUCAUGAAGAACGUAAUUGAAAUAGCCGUGAAAAAGGUCAAAACCGAUCCUGAUGUGAUCAAAAAUAUAGUAGAGAUACUAUUAAGAAAUCACAAAACCAGCGAAAUAAAUAAUUUAGUCAAUUUCGAUAAUCCCGUGUUCGAAAUAAUUUGUUUGGCUCUACCGGUUAUAGCUAGAGAGAAGAAAAAUAUAACUACAAGCGCCUACAGAUCGAUAUUGGCUGAUUUGCAGGAAAAAUUAAAUACGGCCAUGUUGGAUUCGUUUAGAAAUUUAAAUUUUAAUGAAAAUGUUGAAAAUGAAAAUAGUCACAACUCUAUGUUAGCGUACUCUCUAACAUUAUUAAAGUUCUGUGAAAGCAGUGACAUCAAUGAGAAGGAUGUGGAUUGUAUGUUGAGUGGAUUGGAGUACUAUAUUGAUAUAGCGAUUAAUUCACUACAAGAACCAUCGUCAAUAACCGAACACAUUGAGACAUCAAUCAACCUUAUAAACGUUACUCUGAGAUAUCUCAAAAGACUGACACUAUUGAUGAAAACCUCAAAUAAGACGAACCUUCUUGCUGAUACAGAUAAAUUCUACCAUAGUCUAUGGGUUGCGAUAACAUGUAGAUUGUCUAUGGUUUUUGACAAGCGGCAAAAGAGAAGAAUAAGUAAUAACUGUAUCGAUGAAAUAGCUGUCAUGUUAAAAUUUCUAGCUGAAUUGUCAUCGGUUGAAUGCUUUUGCAACCAUUUUGUUGGAGAUUUAUCUAAGUUAGCAUUACUUAAGAAUCCAUCAUUUAUACUAAAGAAUGAUGAGAUCACGAACAGUCAGAUCACAGCCAGGAGAGUAUACAAAUAUCUGUGGCAGAACUGUCUCAAAGCAAACAUCAUAGAGGCUAAAUGUGUUGCAAUGACAAAAAUUAUAUUUAGAUCGACGAAAAAUAUAAAACAUUGGAUAUGGCAACACUAUGAUAAUAUUGUACAGAAUGGUCCACAUGAAGUUGUAGUCGAUGAUAGCAUAUGUGAAUUGUUGAGGAAUGAUCUUGAUACACUCUGUGAUGUUAUUAUGGCCGCCAAAAAGAUAAACCUCGACUACAAAUUCCUGGAUUCCAUAUUUGAGUUAGCGCAUCUCUACCAAUACCUGCUGGGAUCAAACACCAUCAACACCAAGUGUGUGAUAUCAUGGAAUUCAUUUAUCACACUGUUUGAGGGAUGCACCAUACUUUUGAACAACCUGCUAUUGUCUAGAGAGGAAAUGUUAGAGGAUAGAUGGCCAUGUUACAUGCAGUGUUAUAAAACAUUAAUACUGUGUCUCUGUGAGAGAGCCAAAACCGAGGACGAUACGGACAUAUCCAUAGAACUUAAGCUAGCUGAAAUGGCUCAUAGCAUCGAGAAAUUGACCCAAUGUAUUUGCAAGCGAAAAACUCACGUUUCUAGAAUAUCGGCGUACGCGGUAGCUGACAUUUGCAGUUGGAUGGAGAGUAAUUUCCCGCCAAAAGUUAUGCGCCAACGAUUAGAAAAUACAGUUGCCAUGUUAAUACAAGUCUCUGAUUCAACUUAUGCUAUGUCAUUCUUAAAACGUGCUCUAGCCGGUUCCGUAGGACAAAUGACUAUGACAAAUAUAUACACAUUGUAUAAAAGAUAUCAUAAAUACGUUGGUAAUGCCUGAAAUAAAGAUUUUUAACAUG